AUGUGGUGGGCUCGCACGACCACUCUGCUGGUCUCAGCAUGUCUGCUCUCCGCACUCUCCGCUCACGCCAUCUGGCCCCAACCCGCGCUCUACGGCGCAAACAAGACUCAAUCCUUUGCUCGCGUCUCGAGCGACCUGCGGUUCAACCUCGUGGACGGCACGGACAAGACGCGCGUCCCCUCGGACCUCACCGAUGCCAUCGUCGCAGCUACUAAGCUAGCCAACUCGAUCGAUCUUUGGCCCCUGACUCCCGGUCGUGGCGAGGAGGACCGGGCCGCUGUCAACGCCGCACCGCUCAUCAGCGGGGUGCAGAUCAAGGUGCUCGAACUGAUGCCUGAGACGACGCCCAAUCCUUGCGCCAAGAAGCAGAUUGCUGAAGCUCCCCUCGAGGCUCGAUCGCUGCAAGCGCCUUUCCAGGGCAGACUCAAGGCGAUUCACGAUGUUCAGCUCGAUGACACCACACAGAACCAAGCGACCGCCAACACCGAGACGGCCGAGGUGUGGAGCAACGCAUGCAGCAUAGCCAAUCGCGCCAUCAAGGAGGUCGACUACAAGGUCUCGUCGAAGCCACUCGACUUGCGAACGGACAAGAGCGCGCCUGCCGACCUCGGAUUUCUGGAUGCCGAAAUGUACCGCAUCGACGUUCCGCAGGAUGGCUCUUCGAUCCGACUCACUUCGUACACGGCUCUAGGUGCUUUGAGGGGCUUGCAGACGCUGCUGCAGCUCAUCUACAGCCUGCCUCCCCAAGGUGGAAAGAGUCAGCGGUUCAUUCGCAAUGUGCCCAACGUCAUUACGGAUCGACCGGCUUAUCCGUACCGCGGUCUGCUGUUGGACACCUCGCGCAACUGGUUUGAUCUGCCAACAAUUCGCAAGUUGAUCGAUACCAUGCAGUUUGUCAAGCUCAACCAGCUGCAUUGGCAUGCGACGGACACGCACUCUUGGCCUCUUGCGUUUGAGGGGGAGCUCAGCGUUCUUGCGGACAAGGGGUCAUAUGGCUGGACCUAUGUUGAUGGUCAGCUGGUGAGGAUGGUGUAUACCGAAGCCGACAUCAAAGAUAUCAUCGACUACGCUGCGGCGAGGGGGAUCAAUGUCAUUAUCGAGACGGAUAUGCCUGCGCACAUGCUGGAGGGUGUGCAGGCGGUGGGUGGGGGCGAGUUGAUGGCAUGCCCGAAUCGACCGGAUUGGCAGAGUGUUGCAGCCGAACCGCCGUCUGGCCAGCUAAGGCUGGUUUCCAACGGUACCACCCUCAACACCACCGAUGUCGGCACGUUUACGGUCCCUGGUCCGAUCAAGACUUUUGUCAGCACUCUGCUGCGCAAGACGGCCUCGCUGUCCAAGUCGGUCUAUGUCUCGUCCGGAGGGGAUGAGCCCAACUUCCACUGCUGGAACCUGUCUAGUGAGGCAGCGAUGGAGCCGUACCUCGCAAAGUUUAUGGCGGUGGUGACCAAUGUCACGACGGCAGCUGGGAAGAAGGGCGUGGUGUGGGAGGAGAUGGCGGUCAAAUUCCCUACUGUCGCGAAGACGCUGGGCAAGGGCUCGCUGGUUGGCAUUUGGAAUGAUCCCAACAACGCUGGGAUUGCGAUCGAGAACAAUCCGGAUGUCAAGGUCGUCCUCGCCCCCUACACCUUCUUUUAUCUGGAUUGCGGCGGGCCCGUGUUUUUGGGCAACACGACCAACAACAACUGGUGCCCCUAUGUUUCGUGGCAGAAGACGUACUCUUUCGAUCCCUCGGUGGUUAUUGCUAAUGCCACAGCGGUCAAUCCUGGCCUCAAAGGGGUGAGGGAGAGGUUUGUUGGAGGCGAGAGCGCUGUUUGGAGCGAGCAGAUUGAUGCGCAGAAUCUGGAUGUCAAGGUUUGGCCCAGGGCUGCGGCGGGUGCUGAGGUGUGGUGGAGCGGCGAGGUGGCCAAUGGCAAGAAGAGGGAGCCUAUUGAGGCGCUGGAGAGGUUGUUGGAGUUGAGGUGGAGGCUGGUCGCGAGGGGGGUCAGGGCUGAGCCGUUGCAGCCGCUGUGGUGCGCCUUGCGGGUGGGCGAGUGCAAUCUCUACUAG